CAUUUAUUGGUUCCUAGUAUUAAGAGUUUACAUCCUAUGCUUUCUUUACAUCUAUAUAUUUUAUAUUUAUUCACUUAAUUAUAUAUUCAAUGUCCUUCCUAUUUUCCUUACCAGAGGCAGUGGAAAACCAAGCUGAAUCAAGGGAAAAAAGGAGUGUGCCUAACUGGGCGCUAACAUCUUCAGACUUUUUCGCCUGGAUUGAAGAGCUGCGUUCUCACGCUGGCUAUGACAAGAUUGAGGAAUUGGCCAGAACCUUUUGGGCUCACUUCCCUUCCGCCAGCCGCCUAGGUUACGACCCUCCCGCUCCAGAAGAAUAAUGCCAUCUGAGUUGGAGUCCGUGUUUUGGAGACCAUUUGCCCCUUUCAUUAUGGCACAUCUCUUGGAAAAGGAGACAAACAGUCUUCAUUAUUUAGCG